AUGGACGUUUAUGACGUUGCUACAAGACCCGUUGUCAAGGCUGCAAUGGAAGGUCUUAGCGGAACCGUUUUUGCCUAUGGUGUUACAAGCAGUGGAAAGACCCAUACCAUGCAUAGGAAGAGGAUAAACAAAGCUGUUUGGGGACCAUUGAACCAAACCAUUGUUAGUGGUGGUGAGGAUACUGUUCUCAGGAUCUCAGAUGCUGAGACUGGGGAAUUGCUAAAGGAAUCAGAUGCGGAAGUGGAUCAUAAGAACACAAUCACAUUGCUCUCUAAAGCAGUUGAUGAUUCUCACUUCAUUACUGGUUCACUUGGCAAAACUGCAAAGGCAUCUGUGAGACAUGAGAACGUUGACUCUUCUUAA